UGCUUUGUAAAAUGAUUAAAGAUGGGAUGUGGAUAUUACUGAGGUGCAACGUGGGAACAAAACAAAAAAACAUGACAUCCAUGGAUGCUGAGUGAUGUCAUCAGCCACAAUGUGAGUUCUCGCGAUAACAGCAUCCUGUUGCUCUCUGCGCAUGUUGGUUGACAGUUCAGGUAUCACGCAGUCAAGCUGUUCGGGUUUCUGCUGUUUUUCUUAUGAUGGAAGUGGAUGCCCUUGGAGCCCUCGAUGAGGCAGAGAGACCAAAACAUCGCCCUUUUUUAAUUGGGGUCAGCGGGGGAACGGCGAGCGGAAAGUCAACAGUUUGCGCAAAGAUAAUGGAGCUUCUGGGCCAGAACAAAGUGGACCACCGCCAGAGGAAGGUAGCCAUCAUAAGUCAGGACAGCUUCUACAAGGUUCUGACUCCGGAUCAGAAAGCCAAAGCCCUUAAAGGCCAGUAUAACUUUGAUCACCCAGAGGCAUUUGACAAUGACCUAAUGUACAAGACUCUGAAGGAUAUUGUGGAAGGGAAGGUGGUUGAAGUGCCAACAUAUGACUUUGUCACCCAUUCCAGGUUGGAAGACAUAAUCACGGUUUACCCAGCAGACGUCGUUCUAUUCGAGGGGAUCCUCGUCUUCUACCCCCAGAAAGUGCGCGACAUGUUCCACAUGAAGCUCUUCGUCGACACGGAUUCGGACGUCCGACUGUCCCGCAGAGUCCUGCGAGACAUGAGCAGAGGGAGAGACCUGGAGCAGAUCCUCAGUCAGUACACAACAUUUGUGAAGCCCGCUUUUGAGGAGUUCUGUUUGCCUACUAAAAAGUAUGCAGACGUCAUCAUUCCAAGAGGAGUUGACAAUAUGGUGGCCAUCAACCUCAUUGUGCAGCACAUUCAGGAUAUUCUGAACGGUGACAUUUGUAAAUGGCAGCGAGGAUCCCUUAAUGGCCAGGCCCGGGGAUUCAAACGGGCCCUGUCUGAGCAGUGCGACCUGCAGAAUGGAACCUCCAACCCCCCAACAAAGAGGUCUCUGCAUGAGCCCAGCAGUCGACCUCACUGAGACUGAGACUCUAUGUGUGUGUGUGUGUGUGU